CCUUGGAAGAAUGGGAAGCUCUGGAUGCAUUUUUAAAAAAAAGGCAAACACCAGUUCAUUAUAAUAAGGGGUCUCCAAACUUGGCAACUUUUAAGACUUGUGGACUUCAACUCCCAGAAUUCCUCAACCAGCAGGGUUGAAAUCAGUGGUGGGUUGCUCCCGGUUCGGACUGGUUCGCAAGAACCGGUAGUAAAACUAGCGGGAGGCUCCGCCCACUGACCCGGAUGUUAUCAUAGGUGAUCUGCACAUGUGCAGAAGAGCACACACACGUGGGCAGGCGUGAUGCGAACCGGUAAUAAAGUAGAACCCACCCCUGGUUGAAAUCCACAAACUUUAAAGUUGCCAACUUUUGAGACCUCUGCAUUACAGAAGAUCUACUAUAUAGAUCACUCAUGUAUAUCACUCUUAAUGCUCAUUAUUUUCAAAAGGCAAUUGUUUAGUUAUUGCCUUUGAAGAUCUUAACGAUUACUAAUACAUACAAGUCAUCAGUGAAUUUCCUUUGUCUUUUAAUUGUAUGCAGGAAAACUUCCCAUUCCUUCCUAAUGAGUAAAUAAAUCAGCACAUGCAGCGUCUUUCCUGUUGUAAUGAAUGGGUGUUCUCCAGUUUUCUCUGAGUCAUGCCCAGGGGACAGCGCUCACUGUCAGUUGUCCGCUUUCAACAUACAGAAGUAUUUACAAAAGCAGAACAUCAAAUAACUUGAAGGCUGCAGUCAGUUUUUUAAUUCCUUGAGAAAGUUUUAGUGGCCCCAACCUUUAGAUAAACAAGAAUACGAUCAGGCUGAAAAAUAAGCAGUUUUGUCCCUGAAUUCAAGCGGGGGACUAAAGGAAGAGUCAAUUUGUUUUCCUUGAGGUAGAAAAAUAUUUUAAAAUCCAGUCAACAUCUAAUCAAUUGCCAUGCUCCAGGGGUGGUAUUGACUUACCUUUGCUACCGUUUCACAAAUGUGAGCGCGCUCGCUCACUAUGCUCACACAUGCCUCCUGCACAGAGCCUUCUGUGCAUGCGCAGAGGGUCAAAAACGGGGUGUGAUUACGUCCAGGUGGGUGGGCAGAGCCUCCUGCCACCAGCGCCACCGGAUUGCGCAAUCCGGAUAGAAUCAACUGAAUUUCACCACUGCCAUUCUCCCAUUUGGCAAAUCAAAUGCUUUGGGCUUUCUCCAGCAGCCGUAGCCCUGCUUGCACAGAAUGGACCCUGUUGUCCUGAGUUACAUGGACAGUUUGCUGAGACAAUCGGACGUUUCUUUACUAGAUCCUCCCUGCUGGCUUAACGACCACAUCAUUGGGUUUGCCUUUGAGUAUUUUGCCAACGGUCAGUUCCGAGACUUCUCUGACCAGGCCUGCUUCGUGGGCCCGGAAGUGGCUCAGUUCAUCAAAUGCACCACCAACCAGGAGGAACUGGCUGUGUUCCUCGAGCCUCUCGACCUGCUGCACAAGAAAAUUGUGUUCCUGGCUAUCAAUGACAAUUCCAACCAGGCAGCCGGUGGCACCCACUGGAGCUUGCUAGUGUAUUUCCAAGACAAGGACAGCUUUGCUCACUAUGACUCCCACAGCAGGUGUAACUCAGCGCAUGCCAGACAGGUUGCCAGGAAUUUGCAGUCCUUUCUUGGCAAGAGGGGCAAAGCUGCCUUUGUGGAAGAGAAGGCUCCAGCGCAGCAGAACAGCUACGACUGUGGGAUGUAUGUGAUCUGCAACACGGAGGCCCUGUGCCAAGAAUUCUUCCAAGGGCCGCAGGAACCGGUGCUUCAGCUCUUGACUCCUUCGUACAUCACAGGAAAGAGAGAAGAAUGGAAAAAACUCAUUGCUAGGCUCUCCAAGAAGUGACUUGUGACUUUCCAGCGAUUGGUCUCUUUUUAAGAAAAAAAAAUCUCGUUUUCUGUGCCUGAGAGGAGCACUAGUGCACAAGAUUUCUUUUUCCCUACAGAAAGAAUGUACUUAUCUUUGCACUUCUUCUGCACUGUUGUUAUUCUGCAGGGCUAAGCCCUGGGAAAUGGCGACGCCAUCUUCCCUACAGUUUGGAGCAGCUGCCGCUUAGCCUAACCUCUGUAUCCUCCCAAAUCCCCGCGACGCUCAAGUUCUUUGUACGCCUGUGUGUGUGUGUGAGUGAGUGAUCCAGUUUCAGUGAUGUCAGUGGCAGAGACACGGCCUCUGUGCAAUUACAGCAGCUUUCAGUGUCUCUCUUUCGGAAGCAUCUGUGAAUGUCUGGGAAUGGAGAUCAGAUUUUUAUACGGCUGCAAAAUUACUGUUAUCGCUUGUAUCCAAAGCUUCAGUCUUCGGGCUGGGAAGUAGAGGUCCCUUGUUCCUGCUUUUCUGAAAAGGAAGUGGGAUAAAGCUAUUUAUUGUGUGAAGUGUUUUGCCUGCCUCCAGUAACUAUACGCUUUUCUGUAGUAUGAGGAAGCCAAAUUAUUGUACAGUACAGCUGCCUUGAAGGCAGGAGUCGGCUCCUCUUUAUUUCUAGCUCCAUCUCCACCUCCUGUUUAUUUAACACAGUAAGGAUUUUUUAAAAGGUGCUGUACUUCUGAAUGAAUGGUAUGAUGAAACUAUUAGAGGGAAAGGAAUUUUCCCUUCAGUAUUUAGACCAGGGCCCGGGGGAGAUCAGAAACUGAAAUUUCUGCGUAUCACUUUGAGCACUUUGACCUAGAGAGUGCCUUAAUAGUGCACUGAAUCUAUUUCCCUAAAUUAUAUUCCGCUGGAGUGAAGUCCAGUAAGGCUUAAUUUUGUUAGCUAAGAUUGCAUCCUCUUGAUUUCUGAAUAUAUGCCAGUACUUGUAAUGGCAGGAGGACUUGAGUGUUUUGUGCAACGAAAAGGUGACGUUGACUCACAUUCUUUGAGAACUGCAGAUGCAGACAACUGGCUGGCGCGCCAGAGGUUCUGCUGCAGAGAUUCAGCAACACAUUAGGAGAAAAGUUGUAAUAGCCACCGAAGCACAGGAUUAGCACUCACCCAUUUCUCAAGUCUUUUUUAAUUGCUGAAUAUAUGGGAUUUGGAGUGAAGGUAGAAUCAUGACUGAGAUUCCUCCAUGGUUGUGCGAUAUAAAUUUGCUUCCUUCUGCUGAACAUUUGGCUGGGCUGAAAAAAAUAACCUCUCAUUUGGUAACAUGCCAAGUCAGGUGGUAUAGCCUUAAAGCCUAUAUUACCUGCGUCCCUCCCCCCCAAUUAAAUCUUAUUUUAUUGAUUCUUGAUGGAUGCUGCCUCAGCAACAAUCCUUUUUUAAACACUGCACAAGGAGCAUCUUCAACAGGAUUUAAGUAUAACAAGUUCCGUUGUUUUACCCUAUGUUGAAACUGUUGAGCAGAAGCACUUGGUAAUUUCUCUUAUUUGCAUAAUCGCAUUAUGUUUGGAAAAAACCUUCGGUCAAAAAUUAAAAAGAAAACUUCUCUGAAAAGC